AUGAUGUUGCAAGGCUGUAAAAAGAUCUAGAGGUUUUAUCGUGUCUUAGCUAUCCCAUUUGUGGUCUGGUAAAUUUAAAAAUGCUCUGAAAUGGCCUCAAUUUGAAAUAAUUAACAACACAAAGGGGAUAGCUGGUGCUUGGGUUUGAGUGUGGAUUUUUGUGAUUUUGAACAAUGCCGUUGUGUGAAUGUAUUUUUAGUUUUCAUGCAUGACAUCAGUUUUCCUGUCUUUUUGAACGUCAAACAGUUAGCGAGGGGGAAACAUCCAAUGGGAGUCGAGACUACAAGUUCAUUUAGCAUCUAUGUCUUCUUUAUAGCUGAAGGAGGGUGUUUCUGUUUUGUGAAAUGAGCAUUUUUGCAGUUUAAUUGCCCUCACCUUAUUCUUAUCUUCAGAUCAACAUGACCAAAGUUAUUCACAAGGGUUUCGUCAGCACACUGAACGUGUUUCAUAAACAAGCUUUAUUUCUAAAUUUGAUUAUUUGGCUUUAGAAUCAAUGACAUCUACGAAUCUAUCUAAUCUAAUAGUGACUGCAGUGCGGUAAUAUUAUGUGUAUUUAGACAAGAUAUUAAUUAGUAAUUCACACUACAGCAAUCUGAACACUUGUUAGUCCCGUGUAAUACAAGAAGGACUCUAUGCGAUAUGUGAUUUGAUUGAUUAAAUUUGACUGAUUAAUAAUUUAUUGUUAUCAAGGAUUGCAAUCUUAUACUCUUCAAUGAUCCAGCAGGUAGAAAUGUGUCUCUGAUGUUCUUCAGUGAUGGUGACAUGUAGUGUUUUGUUUAUUUGUUGAGAUGCAGUGUAGCAGUCUAACUGGCUGUUAGAGAUACAAUAAAUUAUUUCGCUGAUUUGAAAGAUAACUUAUUAGUAAUUGCAUGAAACGGCAUUGGAACUAAUUACUCACUUUCUUUAUUCAUCUCUAUGCAUGUUUCUUUUUCAUAUUUACAGUCUUUAUUAAUAACCAAAGACUCUUUGGGGUGCAGUGAAUUGAAUACUUGGCUUCAAUGCCCAUCACAACAUUAACACACUUGACUAAUGGAUUCUCAGUGUGGGCUGGUGUUUGAUGAUGGAGUGUUGUGGCUCCAAGUGGUUACAUGCUGAUUCAGUGGUGUGAUGCCGAGCCCAUUCACACUACAGGUCCACCAGUAAUAAUGACAGAAAUACUAAAUACUGUUUGUUGUUUUUUUGUUUUUUUUGGUUGAAGAUCAUGCUACGUUUAAGAGUAACUCCAUACCAAGUCCCUUAAUCAGAAAAACCUUUGUUGCACUGACCUCUUUGGGUUGACAGUUUCAACUCUGCUGCACCUCUAACCACACCCAGUGUGGUUUCCUAUCACUGUUGGGCGUGGACUGAAGUGUGUCUAUGUGUUGCACUGGUGCCAGUACCCAAUAGUGAUGUAAUAUUGCACUACAGUGCAGUGUUACAUCAUAUUUUGGGUCGCAGACAGAUGGAAAAACUCAACUGCUGGAUGACAGUAAAAGCAGAAUAUUCAGCGUUUGUGUAGUUACUCUUUAAACUAACUAAGACCAUAAAACAACCUUUCAAUGGGAGAGAGAAGCUGUUAAAGAGGGAUUGGAUAGAUGUAAAAGAUAUGCGGUGUCAAGUGCCUAAAAAAAUACAAAUGUAGACAUGUUGUAAACCUGAAACACUAUAACUAUAUUCAAUACAUUCAAAAAGGACAAAGCUUUCUCUGUUCUUUUUGACUAAAAAUUAAAAGUCCUGUGCUUGUAAUGAGGCAGUGCCAUUGCACCACUAAAUCCAUGUAAAUCCUGUGUGUCAAGAUGGAUUUGAACUGAAGCGUGUGUUCACACCAGGAACUUCAAGCUGAAGGAAUCCCCCCCUCCUUCCCUUUUUCUUGUCUUUUUGGUCUCCUUUGACCUCUGAUUUAGUUUGCGGCAAGCGGACACUACCAGCCUCAGGAAUGGCACUACUCCCACGUCCACAAUGCCAUUUUGGGCCCAUUUGGGGAACUGAUGACAGAGGCUGACCUGAACCGUAUCGAGAAGCAAAUUGAGAACCUGCAGGUCAUGCACAAGGUUUCAGAAGUCGAGAAGGAGCUGGAAGAACUGGAGCGGGAGCUUCACCAGCUCCUACCAGUUUCUGCUGCCCUCAAUCAAGGGCACUUCUCAGUCAAUCCGAAGCAGGUGCAUGGCCAAGCUGAAGAUCUUCCAGCCUGGUGCAGCAAGAUUUCUACCCUGCUCAAGAGUAUGGCCAUUCUUCUUGCCACUCUGGGGGGGAAAGAGAUAGACAUCUUGGAUCUAAUAUGUCCUGUAUAUUCUCAAGAAGAUGCAAGGAAUGUGAGCACAGGUCAGUCUGAACAAGGAGAAUCCAUUAACACUGGCUUUAUUGGACGAUCUCAGUCCUUCUCAACAAGAGAGGAUGUGGAGAACGAGAUAAAGCAGUGUGGAGUUUCAGUAAAGAACCUCAAGGCCAAUUAUGAAAUUCAGAAUCAGCAGUCUGCAGAUAACAAUUCAAAUAAGGUGUACAAGCGCAAGAGGUCACUCCCUGUGGUAAGUGAAUCUAGUUAUCGUCCAGAGACAAUUCGUGAGGAUGACGUCCCUUGUUCCUCUGCUGACGUCCUUCAGUCCCAUACCAAUGGAGGUUUACCUUCAGUUGAGGAAUCAGUCUUACCACUUGUUGAAGAGCCAGUUAUAAUCGCAUCUCAUGCUCCUAAGACGUAUGCGUCCUCUGGGGUAAUGGCUCCAACUAACAUUGAACAGUUCAAUCAGGUUCUUUCUGCAGACCCCAUUUUAAAUAAUGGUCAACUAACAAGAACCUUGGAGGUGCAGACAGAUCUAAGCUACGUCCAGGAAUGCAUUGAAAUGAGGAAAGAAAGAAUUGUCUUCCUGUUCCUUGAACACUGGCGGAAGUACACUAUCUCUGAAUCUUAUCGGACUAAACAUACCGGCAGGAGAGGAAAUCAUUUAGACGUGGGCUGGGAGGACUAUGACCAAUUUAGUGCACAGAUUAGUGGGGAGAUGCAGAGCGAAGAUGAUAAACUCUUCCUUUUCAUGAAGUCAAAGCAGGUAGUAGGGAAUCUGAUUGGCCACUGGAGGACAAUCAUGAGUCAAGUGCCCACACGCCAGAUCCGCCGGCUGAGUCGUGCCCAGAUGAUCUACUGGCCAGAGCACUUCUUGCCACACAUCAACGGGUCUCCUGUGAACUAUGAAAGCCUAACCCUUGACCUCUUCAUGCUUGGAUACUUCCAGUUGCUGGAAAUGAACAUGUCUCGCAGUGAACGCAAGUUUCGCCACCUCUUGUGCUAUGAGAUGUUUGACCGUUUGGGCAGCCAUAAAUGGGAGGUCAUAAGGCGGUUUCACAAGGAGGUCAUGGAUGGAAUUGAGAGAGGGAAGCGAGACUGGUCGGACGGUUUUGAAGACAUAAAACUCAAGUAUUUUGGAGACUCAAAUGAAGGGGGAGGUGUGAUGACAGCUUCUCUACAUUCCAUGUCUCCUGACAUGUCCAUUAAGCAGGAGUCACUCCCUCCCCCACCUCCUCAUCCUCCACCUCCUCCACCACCUACCCACCCUGCACCCCCACCUCCAAAUGUACAGUCUGCUCCACCUGCACCACCACCGCAACCUUACCCACCAGCCUCACAAUCAAAUGUUUCUCCAUCAUCACCCCCUGCUGCAUCUCAGGAUGCCAUAUCAGACAAUAGCCAGCGUGUGGAGCAGGGAACCCUGAAGAACUCGUUGGAGGAAAAAACUCAGGGGGAUGUAAAGAUCAGUGAGCAGAUGUCCUCAAAUAAGGCAGUGGUUUCUAAUGGGAAAAGUUCAGAGCAGGACCAUAUGCACACUGAUGCUACAGCAAAAGCUGAGACACUACGGGACACGACAGAAAGCUCACGACCAGAUCCAGUGAAAGACGUUCCUCCGGUUACUGUUAAAAUCAUAGAGGAACCUCAUGUUGAUAAACCUCCACCCAGGGAUGAACACAAUGAAGACUCAAUUAAAUUGAUCUAUGAGCUAAAAGAGUUCAGCAAUGAGGAGAUCAUCAGAUACAUUGACCGAAGCUUUGCUUUUUGGAAAGAGAAAGAAGCUGAGCUUUUUGAUAUCUAACAACUAUGUGGACUAAAGGGUCCACUAAAAGCCCAGUUCAUCUGUUCACCAACCAGAGAGGAAAUGCAUAAAGAGCAGGAUCAUGGAAACUAACCUGCAAAGUGGAGUAUGCUGAGAAAGGAAACUAAUCUGGUGUGUUAGCUUUGAGGCCAUGUCACAUAAGGGACUUAACUGCAGUGAAGCAAAGAGCAUCCACUUAGCUGUGCUAAUGUUACUAUUUACAUAAUGCUGAAGUAGAUGAAAGGAAAGAAAGCCUGUGAUGUCAAUUUUCAUUUUGAAUUGUGUUGAACCAAGAGCUUUUUGAAUCUAGUAUGGUUGAUUGCCACGGCACACUACUUCUUGGAAAACAAGUUUAAGAUUUGCCAUAAAAGUCAUGUAGUGUGUUUGUUCAGGUCAUCUUUGUCAUGAAGGACAUAACUGGGAAAACUUUGUUGAAUACUCAGUGAUUCACUGUCUCAGAAAGGCAAGGGAUUCACUUCAAAUCAAAGUCCAAUGAGUAUAUCUGGUUAGACAGUCACUAGAGAUCAAAUACUGACAAUUUAAUAACACUUAACCAUUCAUUUCUGAAACCUUAAAAUCAUGUUAAGGGAUCUCUGUUGUUUGAAAUCAAAGAAAAGAAACAAGGUGUUCAGUGGGUUUGCAAGAUUUUAUGGUUACUUUGUGGUUCACAAAUGGUCCUUGUCUUUAAGCCUGUGACCUUGUGAUUUUAUCUAUACAAUGUGUGCCUUUCAGUAUAGAUUACAAAGACUAACAGGUACGGUAAAUGCAAGGCCUGGAGAAUCACAUCAUCAGCUUUUUCAUUAGUAAUUCAGAACUCAAAAAUUGCAAAUUCCUGUCAGCAAAUGAAAGCUAUCAUCAUCUAAAUGAAACAUCAAAAUGAGGAUUUGUAAUUUGUUCCAUGAAGUCUGUUCUGUCUUUUUGUUACACUAUUUAUAAUUUGAGUGUUUUUUGAGAGAUUUGUUCAAACUUUCCAUAAUUUAAAUUAGUGUUCCUUUAUUAUUUGGUUUCUACAUUGCCGUUAGAAAUAAAGUUUGUUGACAUUUUUGUGAUUACAUGAUUUCAGCAGUUAUUUCCUAAAACAUUAUUGUUUAACUGUUACUGGCGUUACUCAACUGACACACAUACACUGUCUAACACUGAGCUAUCGAGUGUGUAAGCCUCCGCUGAGACACUUGUAGCAGUGAAGAACCACACGCUUCUCAUAGUGUCUCUUCUGCAGCAUCAAGAUUACCUUCAAAUAACCCUCUUAGCACCACCCGCUGUCAUGCUAUCCGUGGCUUACGGGAGCCAUAAGGAGGUUACAGUGAAUCUUGAUCAACUCACAGCCCAAAGGGGAAUGCAGUCAGCUGGUAAACUUAACGGCGUAUAUAUAGAUUUGUAUUGAUGUACAGUAUUUGUUUCAGAUUUAGUGAAUGUGUAUAGCACAGUAAUGUGUGCAGUAAUGUUUUUAACACCUACAUUGAAGUUAUACAGUGGGAGUCAUGUACAGAACUAUAAUUUAGGGCUGCAAACCAACGAUUAUUUUCAUUGUCGAGUAAUCUGUUGAUUAUUUUCUUGAUUAAUCGAUUAGUUGUUUGGUCUUAAAAAUGUCAGAA